AUGGAGGUACGAACACGGGUGUACAGCCCGCCAGAGUGGAUCCGCUACCACCACUACCACGGCCGUUCGGCAACGAUCUGGUCCCUGGGCGUACUGCUCUACGACAUGGUCUGCGGGGACGUCCCCUUCGAGCAAGACGAGGACAUCAUCCAGGGUCAGCUCUUCUUCCGACGGCGGGUCUCUCUAGAGUGCCAGCAUCUCAUCAGGUGGUGUUUGUCCAUGCGGCCCUCGGACAGGCCAUCUUUGGAAGACCUUUUCAACCAUUCUUGGCUGCAAGGCAUUCACCUGCCCCAGGAGACGGCAGAGAUCCACCUGCACAGUUUGAUCCAGGAGCCUGGCAAGUAACAGCUCCACGCAUCUCCUGGCCAUAAGAAGCAAAGACGACCAGACUUUUUCCUCGUGACCGUAGCACUGAGCAGGGAUCAUCAGAUGGGAACACGCACAUCUUGUCCUGGAGCUGGGCUGGAGACCUGGUCUUCCAAGCGCUGGUGACCACCAUCCAACCCAGCUGUCCUGGACUCCAUCUGAAUCAUCCUGUCUCAUUUGAUGUUUUGCCAGUAAAUUUUUUUUUUUUGGGUUUGGGUUCUGGUUUUGGGGGCUCCCAGGUGUCUUCCUGACCUGCUGAAUUCGGGACCGCGAGAGGAUCGGAGACCUUAUUGCGAGAAAAGCUCCGACGGGGGAAAACUGACUGGGGGGGGAGGGCAGGUACCGUGGCCGAAUGGCUGUCUCUUCUCCGCUGUCACCGUGCUCGAGUGCCUUCAGUUGCGAUGUGGGCUGUGCUGGAGGAAAUACUUGAAUUUUCCUACACUGCUGCUUUUCCAAGACUCGCCUGGGUAUAUAGUUCCUUUUCCCUUUUCAAAAAGAAAACAGGUCAGAAGAUGCUUGGGAGCCAAGCGGGCGAUGCCUCGCCUCCCGUGCCUCCAUCUCGCAUGGAUUUUCUGGGGUUCUUUGCUUCCCUGUGCCCUCACGAAUGCACAAACAAUGCAAACCAACAGAGCUGUAAAUGUGUACAAAGUUAUAUAGGAGCAAAGCUUGAUGUACAGUUGUUGAUAGUGAUAACAUUUUACCUUUUUUCUUUUUUUUCCAGUUU